UGCAAGAUGAGCAGCGGAGGACAGUGCAGACGACGCAGAGGGCUCGCGGGCUGAGCCACGAGGAUUCGAAGAUGUCUGCGUGCAGUGACUUUGUAGAACACGUUUGGAAGCCCGGCUCCUGCAAAAACUGCUUCAACCCAAAGAGUUCCCAUCGGCUGCAGACACCCCCAGACGUGGGAGCUUGCGGUGCGCUCUCGAAUGGAGUUAGGACCAAGCCCGAGAGCCCCGCGUUGGAAGACGAAGGUGUAAAUACUUCCCUUUUUUCAAAGCCAACAAUUGCUGUGAAGCCAACUAUGAUAAAUUCAGAUGUUUCUGACGCGUGGGCGGAUGUGAAUAUGAAUGCGGAUCUGUCACAGGUCAACUGGGGCAUGGUUUCCGGCAAACACCUCCUUCUGAAAUCAGGUGAUGCGCAGCGGAUCUGCCUCGACAAUUUCGGCAACGGUGGCGUGAGAAAACCCUUCCUUCACAACCCGCCCAGCGACUGCUUAUCUUGCUGUCCUCCUAGCUACUCCAUGGUGGGCCUGCGUGGUCUGGAGAGUCGAGUGGAAAGAAAUGUCUCCAUUCACAGCCUGGUGCUGGUGGGUGAGGUGAGCAAGCAGGAGGACAGAGUCAAAGACAAGUUUGCCUUGCCACAUCGAGUCCCCUGCCAUAAUCCGUCCGCUUUGGAGGACAGAAGCACUGUGAACUCCAGCAGAAACAGUUCUUCCCAAGCCAGAGAAGGAGCAGCGCUCCCCUCAGAGGGCGACUGCAGUCGCCUCCCCUCUGGCUUUGAAAGCGAAGGGGGUGAGUACUGUUCGAUCACGGACUGCCGCAGAGAGUGCCCUGCCUUGCGGGAGCCGCGUUGUGCAGAGGGGAAGGGCGCCCGGUGCGAGAAGGAGAGCCCUGCGCCCUGUGGAUGGAGGCAGCGGGAUGCUCCAGAGAUUCCCAGGCCAAGCGGCAGGGCAGUCAAGUUUGGUGAAGAGGAGCGCAGAGCUGUGAACGUGGCCUUCUGCAUCACGAAAGACCAGGGUGAUGCUCUCCCCCGCGCCUUGCGUUCAGAGAGGAAGAAGCUGACUCUCCACGCUGAGCCUGCCGCCCUCCCUGAGAGCACCAGGAGCAGCAAGGUGGCUGCUUUUGCUUUAUCCCCGGAGGACGAGGACUCGCCUCUCCCUGGAGAGCCCUUGGUCACCGGAGCCCCCUGUCCUGAGGGUUCGAGUGCCCCUCAGCAGGCUCUGGUGGAGCCACAGCGCCCUCGCCUCACCGAGCCAAGCCGCAGCGAUCCCAUCUACGCUGAGAGCACCAAGAGAAAGAAGCCGCAGCUGAAGGCCGUCAGUGGGCAGGCAAAAGCAGAGAAGCUGGCCCUUAGCACUGGCAAGGAGCAAGCUGAUGGGAUGUGGAGGGAUGGUGGCUGGGUUUUGGGUGGUGAGAGGGAAUACCAGGACUCCACUGGUCAGGUGGCGGCCAAGAUAACCAUCAUGACCGCACACACUGAGGAUGAUCACAAGACAAUAUUUCUCAGCAGCCCCGACUCUGCAGUGGGAGUCCAGUGGCCAUGUAUCAGCUCCACUUCCCACCCUGAUUUUGGGACUUCAUCACCUGUCGUUGAGCCUGGAGAGGUUUUUCAAGCACCUGGAAGUGAAAAUGGCCCAAGAUUUCAUCUGGCAGCGCCGGCCAAGACCUCCGUUACUGAGAGUCCAGCCAUUCCCCCAAAGAUGUCCAAAAACGGCCAGCUGGGCAGUGAGGGGAACCGUGUGCCCCUGGUAAGUUCCCAUGUGGCAAGGUUUGGUGAUGAUAGCAGCUGCGAUGGAGCUGGUGUUCAGCUGCUGCCCAGGAGCUGUACGGGGACGUCCCCUUCUCCGUGCACUCAUGUCAAUGGGGUCUCUGCAGAGGAGUCCAGCAGAGGCCUGGCAGGGUCAUCCUAUGACAGGAGACAGAAAUACUACGCCCCAACAUGGACCAAGCAGUGCCGGAUAGAAGAGGAGGAGGAGGAAGAGGAGGAGGAGGAGCAACAGGAGGAGGAGCAGGAGCUUUUAACCCACCCAUGGGCAGGGGGAGCUGAGAAUGGGAAAGCUGGUGCCGACCUUGUGGAUGAUGGCCCAAUGCCGGAGCGGACUGGGAUCAGCAAAUCAUCAUCUUUCUCCUUUGAUUUCCCUAAAGACAAGAGCAAUGGUGUGGAGUUUGCACCACCGCCACCACCGCCGAAAAAGCAGUCCAGGCACGCUCCGAAAAUGAACCCGAAUAACACGGAGCUGGAGAGGGCCAGCAACAGCUCUGCUGAGAGCCUCAGCCCACCCUUCAGGAGUGUCCAUGUCACCUUCACAGCUGGCUCCAGCGACAGCCUUGACUCAGACACGCAGACUGGCAGCGAUGGCAGGCACUCGUCUGAGCUGAACCACUCACCCCCUCCAGCUGAGAGCCAAGCGUUUCCCCCUGUCCCUUUCCUUCCCGCCUCCGGUGAGGAUGGUCCCUCCUCUGCCCCCAGCUGCCCACCUCCUUUGCCCCAGAAGAAGACAGUGAGCAGAACGGUGUCCUCCCCAGACGGCUUUUUUGGGGGACAGGCGUCUUCAGGCAAAGCAGCCGAUGCUGCCAUCCCCAGGCUGAACGUCAGCCACUCCGAGAGCAAUGUCUGCCUCCGAGAGGAUCCUCCCUUUGCCCACCCAGCCAGCCUGGGGGGCCGCCCCGGAGCCUUCUCCUCCUCUGAAUCCCUGGAGAAAAGCUCCAAAGGAAACAGUUACUGGGGCUCAGCCACUGGUAAGAGCACAGGGGCUUGCAUCCCCAGCCGAAACCUCCAGUCCCUUUCCUCCUCGCAGCUCAGCGUGUCCAGCCAGGUGUCCUCGGGCUCCAGCCUCCAGCUCCACAAUCUCCUGAGCAACAUUGACAGCAAGGAGGGGGUGUACGCCAAGCUGGGGGCCCUCUACGCCGAGUCCUUGCGCCGCCUGGUCGCCAAAUGCGAGGACUGCUUCAUGCGGGAGCAGAAGAAUGAGCUGCACUUCAGCGAGAACAACUGGUCUCUCUUCAAGCUGGCGUGCAACAAGCCCUGCUGCGAUUCGGGGGAUGCGAUAUAUUACUGUGCCACCUGCUCCAAGGACCCUUCCACCACCUAUGCUGUGAAGAUCUGUAAAACCCAGGAGUCCAAGGUGGCCGCUUCGUACUGCAGCCCCGCAGUGCCAGUCCACUUCAACAUCCAGCAGGACUGCGGGCAUUUUGUGGCCUCUGUCCCCUCCAGCAUGCUGCUGCCCUCAGAUCUGGGAAAAAGCAUGCCUGGGGAUGGCCUCCAUCCCUCCCGCACUGCCAGUGAGCGUGACUGUGUGGUGGUCAUCACCCGGGAGGUGCCGAGCCAGACCACUGCCGAUUUCGUGAGGGACUCGGCGAUGUUGCACCAAGCCAAGCCCGAGCUGUACGAACGUCGCGUUUGCUUCUUGCUCCUCCAGCUCUGCAACGGCCUGGAGCACCUCAAAGAGCACGGCAUCAUCCAUCGGGACCUGUGCCUGGAGAACCUCCUGCUUGUCCCCUGCAAGCCCCCCAUGAGCUGUGCGAAAGCCAAAGACGACAAACACUUACCCCGCCUCAUCAUCAGCAAUUUUUUGAAAGCCAAACAGAAGCCAGGAACUGGAGACUCCAAACUGAAGAAGAGUCAGGCCCGGCUGGCCCCGGAGAUCGUGUCGGCUUCUCAGUACAAGAAAUUCGAUGAGUUCCAGACUGGUAUUCUCAUCUACGAGCUGCUGCACCAGCCCAACCCCUUCGAGGAGAAGGUGCACCUGAAGGAGCAGGAGUACAGCCCCGAGGACCUCCCUGCGCUGCCCAGCCUGUCCAUCUACUCCCGGGGGCUGCAGCAGCUGGCCCACCUGCUGCUGGAAGCCGAUCCCAUCAAGCGGGUGCGGAUCACCGAGGCCAAGCGGAUGCUGCAGUGUCUGCUCUGGGGGCCCCGCAAGGACCUGACGGAGCAGCCUCUCAGCCAGGAGGAAGCCCUCCGCCAGGUGCUGCAGAACUGGGUGGACAUGAAGCGCGCCCUGCUCAUGAUGAAGUUCGCGGAGAGGGCCGUGGACACGGAGCGGAGCAUUGAACUGGAGGACUGGCUGUGCUGCCAGUACUUGGCGUCCGCUGAGCCGGGCUCCCUCUCGCACACGUUAAAGCUGCUGCAGCUGCUCUGACCGCGGAUCUGUUUUGGAGGCAGCUGAGGGGUCCCCGUUGCCUCGUGGCUAAAGGUACCCAGCCCCUUGACGCACGAGGGGCUCGAAUCUCAGAGGUGAAUGCACAUCCAGUUCCUGCCCUGCACUCCCAGCACAGUGCACAAGACACAUUUAGUACCCUCAGCACUGGUAAUUUGCAAGCAGGCAAAACUGCUGUUUUGGGGGACUUUAAUCCUAUUUUGAGGGAUUUUUAAUUUUUUUUUGUUUGUUUGUUAUGGUAAGUCUGUGGACUAAUAAACUCCUGCCUGCGUGUGUGCAUGUUUCU